UCCUCCUCCUUCUCCUCCUCCUCCUCCUCCUCCUCCUCCUCUCGGGCAGGCGGCGGCGGCUGCUGCGGGGCCGCGCGGAGCCUUCUCCACCCGCUCGCCAGGGCCGCCCAGGCCGGACUCCCAGGCCGGAUAUGGCUCGUGGACAGCAGAAGAUUCAGUCGCAGCAGAAAAAUGCCAAAAAGCAAGCUGAGCAAAAAAAGAAACAAGGACAUGAUCAGAAGGCUGCAGCCAAGGCUGCCUUGAUAUAUACCUGCACCGUCUGUAGGACACAAAUGCCGGAUCCCAAGACCUUCAAACAGCACUUUGAAAGCAAGCAUCCUAAGACUCCACUUCCUCCAGAAUUGGCUGAUGUUCAGGCGUAAAGUUGUCUACAGGUGAAAUCAUGGCACCUAUUGACUCUUCUACUGUCAGACCUUACAUAACAAACCUGCAGCUGCUUUUCUAAAACUGUUGAUCAGCAAAAAUGAAGGGGCUACAGAAACAUUCAUAUUUUUAUGCUGUUCCCUCUUGGGCUUCAUGCAAAGACAAUUCUGUGUAAAUGUACAGUUGUGCCCUAUUUGGAAAUCCUGAAAAAUCAGUCCAUACUUGUUAUAAAAAAUUUUUUACAAUUGUAAUUAUAUUGAUGUUCAUAUUGUGUAAAAUAACUCAUUUAAUAAAGUAGUACUUUGAUUUUACAAUAUCACAGAUUAAA